CCUAAAGAAGUGGCUGACAUCUUUAACGCCCCUAGUGAUGAUGAAGAGUUUGUCGGUUUCCAAGAUGAUGUUCCCAUGGAAACCCUCUCAUCAGAGGAGAGCUGCAAUAGUUUUGACUCGCUGGAGUCAGGGAAACAGCAGGAUGUGCGCUUCCGUUCCAAAUACUUCACAGAAGAGCUGCGAAGAAUUUUUAUAGAGGACACCGACUCAGACAUGGAGGAUUUUGAGGGAUUUACCCAGAGUGACCUGAGUGUGAGCAGUAACCCAGAAGUAAAGCUCGAGGAGUCUGAUUUGAGCGCCGAUGGUAAGGCGCCGGCGAGCGAGGACGAGGAAGGUGAAGAUGCAAAGGCCACACCGAGGAGCAGGCCGAGGGGGAGCAGCAUUGGCCUUCGGGUGGCCUUGCAGUUCCCCACCAAGAAGCUGGCAAAGAAAGCCAACGGGAAGAAUUCAUCUGAGGCGCUGUUUCCUAGCUCACGCUCACAGGACAGUAAAAAAGCCAUCCCUGGGAAAAAGAAAAGCUGCAGACAAGGGAAGGAAAGGGAAGAUUCUGCCUCUGAGCCUGAGGCUGACUCCAGGGACGAGGGCCAGGAGAGCUCGGACGCGCUGCUGAAAAGGACCAUGAACAUCAAAGAGAACAAGGCCAUGCUUGCUCAGCUAUUGGCGGAAUUGAACACAAUGCCCGAUUUCUUCCCAGUACGAACCCCGAACUCAGCUUCUAAGAAGAAAACCGUGAGGCGGGCCUUCUCCGAGGGGCAGAUCACCAGGCGCACGAACCCCACCCGGAGCGCACGGCCGCCCGAGAAGUUCGCUCUGGAGAACUUCACUGUCUCAGCCACCAAGUUUGCAGAAGAGUUUUACGGUUUCAGAAGGAGGAAGACAAUUAGUGGGGGGAGGUGCCAGGGGUAUCGACGGCGUCACCGGAUGUCUUCUUUUCGGCCCGUGGAGGAUAUCACUGAAGAAGACUUAGAAAAUGUUGCCAUAACUGUUCGAGAUAAAAUCUAUGAUAAAGUUCUGGGUAACACGUGCCAUCAGUGUCGGCAGAAGACCAUUGACACCAAGACGGUGUGUCGGAACCAGAGCUGCGGCGGGGUGCGGGGACAGUUUUGUGGGCCCUGCCUGCGGAAUCGCUACGGGGAGGAUGUGAGAUCAGCGCUGCUGGACCCGGAUUGGAUGUGUCCUCCCUGCCGUGGGAUCUGCAAUUGCAGUUACUGUCGGAAGCGUGAUGGCCGCUGUGCCACAGGUAUCCUCAUUCAUCUGGCCAAGUUUUAUGGUUAUAAUAACGUCAAGGAGUAUCUGGAGAGCUUACAAAAGCAGCUGGUAGAAGACAAUUAACAGAAAGAAGGACCAGCUCACUCACCUUUGUGUACUCCAGCAAGACAUGCCCUAUGUACCAUUUGUGCCUAAGAUUCCUUACACUUGUGUUUUAUAUAAAGAAAUUCUUUUAGAUCUAAAUACUAUUUUUUUUGUUAAGAUUGUUUAUAUGCUUACAAAGAUUUCUCAGGAAGACAGCUAAGCACCUUGAGGAAUCUAUAUACAUGUAUACGCAGGACUGUUUGAAUUGUUAAAAGUAUCUGCAGGUGAUUAAAAAGCACAGUUAAAGUUCAGGUAAGUUGCGGAGAAAACUGCAGAAGUAGCUCUUGCCUUGGACACUGUUUUAUUGUACAUGCUGCCUUGAUCUUUUGCCUCCCCGGCAGUAACUCUAGGCCGUUUUUACAGGGUUAGAUCCCUGUUAGUUUACCUUAUCCUGACCGUAGUUCAAACCACAUAGUUUAACCUGCUCUAGGCGAUUGGAAAUUUAUACUGAAGAAUGCUCCCCUAAAUUACAAAGUGCAAUUAACCACAGAGUACUAGAGUUUUCUUUUUUAUUAAAACUUGAAUGAACAAAAAGUGGACUGUCAUGUUACCCACACUGGAGGCCUCCGAGCGUAUGCCUUUUCAUUCAGGAUUGCCUGGGGCCAGGUGCUUCUACAUUUUAAAAGAAUGUAAGAGCUAACUUUUAAUUUAAAAAGAUUGUUUUUAAUAUCUCCUAAGAACUAAAAUCCCACUUACUGACCAGGAGUCUUCCAACCCCUUUGUUUUUGAAGUUGUAUUUUCAAUGGAACCUUAAUGUAAACGUGAGAGAUACUGUUCUUUUUGUGUUGUGGGACGGGUACUGAAGAAAGCUAAAAAUUAAUGAACACAUACAUCCUGA